CCACAAAUACAAGUACAAAUUACCUAUUUAAUAAUAAUCUAUGCAGUAAAGGGACAUACUCAAGUACUCAACAUCCAAACGGACCACUCUGCACUUGUGUUGCGGUGUCUAACCGGAAGUAGUGUUAUGGAUGAUAAUGCUUCCGGACAGAUAGGUCGACCCUCUUCUCAGACAGCAGCAGACAUGGCGGAGUACAGCCAGGCGGGCCUCCUGGCGGCUCUGCUCCUCUUCACGGCGCUCACGCUCCGGGACGUUUAUCUCGGCCGUUCGAGCCUGCAGCUGGAACAACAGCCGACCGAAAGCCCUGGUCUCUCCCCGGACACCUUACCGGACAAUGGACCCGGAAGAGCCGCCAAGCCCUCACUGUACUCUGGGCCAAUGCUCAAGUUCCAGUACUGUAUUUCCUGAGGGUACAACAAAGUGUUUCAGGAGUACUCUCGAGCCAUCAGCCAGUUGUACCCGGACAUCCGCAUCGAAGGCGAAAACUUCCCUCCCACCCCCUUCAACAGGUGUGCUGGUACCCUCAUCUCUUACCUGAAGCUCCUCUCCAUCCUGCUGAUCGUCAGUGGUCAGAAUCCCUUCAUAUUUCUUGGGAUGGACACUCCAAGAGCCUGGAACUGGAGUCAGGACAACAAGAUCUUCUCCUGUCUGAUGGCCUUCUUCCUCUGUAACAUGAUGGAGACUCACUUCCUGUCUACAGGAGCCUUCGAGGUCACUCUGAACGAUGUUCCUGUGUGGUCGAAACUUCAAUCGGGUUACGUCCCAAACAUCCAGGAGAUCUUCCAGAUCCUCGACAACCACCUGAAGAUGAACCAGGUGGAUCCCAGGAGCUUCUCUUCAUCUUAGAGCUGCUCAGUCUCUGUCUCUCAUCAGCUGUGCUGCAUUCAGGUGUCCCGGUUUAGUGGUUCGUUCAGCCGCUGGCGUUCAUGAAGGCUCGGCCUUAAAGCAGACUCUGCGGGGCCCGGCUGGAUGUCCCCGCCGCAAAGUGAGCGUUCCCUCUACGCUGGGUCACAACAGCACUACAGUAUGCACCCGUUUCUGUUGGCACAGUUUGUUUUUUAUUGUAGUUCCAGGUUCAGUUUGUUCAGAAUGAAACUACGGUACCACUGUUGACUUCAUGCUCAUUAGCACCAGACUUGAAACAAAUAAACGCAAAUGCAAUCAAUAAAAUCUGGUUUAUGUAACUGUCAGUUACUUCUUUGUCAUCAUUGAUUCUGUAAAAUGUCUGAAACGAGAAUAAAAAGGAGUUUAAAUUCCUAAAA